AGCCGUUUUGGUCUUCAGCAUGCGUGGUUCACGUGCCGGAGAGUGGCUCGCUCUCACGAUGCAGCCGCGGCCGACGAGUUCCCUGGUUCUGAGAUUUGUGGGCCUGAUCGUCGCGGCCCCUGCGAUACACAAUGUCGGCGCAGCGGUUUACACCAGCGACAGCGAGGUGGACAUGGCGGGCUUCCUGCGCGGCCUCGACGUUUGCCUGCUGGAGCCAGGUUUCCCCGGCAGCCCGGUGAACGUGUCGCUGGGGAUGCUCGGGGAGCUGCAGGUCGCGCGCCUGUGUUGCUCGGGGACCGAAGUGGCCAACCUGAGCGCCAGCUUCGCGACCCCAGGCCGUGGCCCUGGGUGGCAGGGCGACGUCGAUCUGUCUUUCGCGCUGGGCGGGCUCACCACGCACUGCCACGGCGACUGGGCCAUGGUGAGCGGCAUUCGCAGCGGCAAGAGGGGCGCCGUGGCCUUCGACAUCUCGAAGGACAACAAGUCCACGGUGCCGUUGCAGCUGAACUUCUCGGUGGACGGCAAGAAUUUCGCGACGAAGGCACGCGAGUACCCGUUUCCCCUCAGCAUCUCUGGCGAGGCCAGAUGCACCGACGACCCCCUGAUCACGGGCAUUGAUUUCACCGGCGACGACGCCUGGGUUCUCACGAAGCUCGGCAGCGUGUUCCUGACGAGCGCCUUCCAGAGUUGGCUCAUCAAACCGCUGAUCAGGAAUCCGCGACAACUUGUGUGCACCUUACCGUGUUGGCGUCUCCCGACGCGUCGUCGAUCCUCGACCCAGGAACGUUACGGUGCAUGAUUUGUGUCGGACCUCUGGGCCGUGUGCGCUGUACCGCGUUGGGACGAGGCCUGAAGGGAGUCCAAACAUGGUACAGGGCGUGCGCGCCAUCUUCGUAAGGAAAUUCUGCGCGAACGACGUGCCGCGAGUCGUCAACGACGCGCUCGGACAGCUCCGCGACAAAGCCGCGCCUCUGCUCCAGGAGGUGGCGGAGGACCUCCCGGCGCCCGUCGCGCCGGACGGCAGCGGGCGCCGCGUGGACCUGCGGCAGGGCGCGGUGGGUUGGUUUGGCGGGCUGCUGCAGCAGGGCUUCGCCACGGGGCAGGCCGCAGAGCUCUUGGACAAGAUCGCACAGGGUAUCCCCUCCGAGGUCCGCGAGCUCCCCGGCGGUGGAGUGCAGCUCGCCAGCAUGGCCACGGAGCACCCGGCCGAGCUGGCCCUGGACGUCUUCCUGCAGGGCGCCAGCCUCGCUGGGCUCCGCACCCUCAGCGCCGCGGGCGUGGAGGCGCUGGGCCCGGAGCUGCUCUCGUUAUCGAUGCGCCAGGCGGCACUCAACGUUUCCGCAGAGAUCGGGUUCACGGCCACCGCUGGCCUGGCGAGCGCGGGAGCGGCCGACGUGUCAGCCCGGCGGUUGCUCGGCGUCCGCGGGGAGUGGCUUUUUGAGGGCAGGCGCCCGCUGGAAGAGCUGCGCGACAGGUUCCAGCUGCAUCUGUCUCUGGAGAACCUGUCUGCGGGUGCUCGGGUGGGGCUCCUGCUCGAUGACGCCAGGGUUCAGGAGCUGACCCGGGGUCAAAGCUGGUACGACACCAAAUGCAUGAGGGGCAUGGUCCAGAAUGCCUCUGUCACGGGCGUCGACGUGCUCGUUACCGUGCCACGCUUUGUCUGGAACAGCAAGAGCCGGAGUGUUGGUGCCCUCGAGACCGAUCUCGACGCCGCGAUCAACAGCGUGUUGGGCUAUCUGAACGUGCCGCAGAUGCGCCCCACAGUCUCGCGGAUGGUCCAGAGCGUCGCGGCGGGGAAGGUGCGGGACGUGGUCAACGCGCAGCUGCAGGGCAUACUCGCCGAUUCGGACGACUCGGAGUGCGAUCCCAAGUACGGGUUCCAGCAGAUGCAGCUCUUCUACGUCCUCGCCUUCGCCGGGGGCGUGUCCGUGCUGGCCGCCUGCGCCGCCUGGCUUCUGGGGAAGGCGUUCGUUCCUGCCGGAGGCGCCGGCCAGGGCACGCGGGCCUCCUGCCAGGGGGCCGUCAUCCUACUGGCUAUGGCGUCGGCGUGCCUGCAGCAGUGCGGCCUGCUGGCGCUUCCCCUCAGGGCGGCAAUGCGAUUCCGCAGCGGCGACCCGCGCGACGACAUCUUCGGGAACGUGUUCCUCAUGGGCCUCGCGGACCCCAUCGGCAGAGUCGACGGCUUCCUGGCCGUGGCCCUCGUGGCCGUCGGAGUCAGCGCCACCAGGGCGCUGUGCGUGGCACUGGCGGCGGCCACGGGCUUCUCGCCGAAGGCGUCGCGACUGGCUCUCCGGCUGGCGGGCUUCGGGGGCUGGGGCUUCGCCCUGACCGCCAUCCUCGCCACGACCCAGGUGGUGGCCUUCCACAUCAGCAUCCUGACCUUCGGGGACAGCUCCCUGGUGCUCGGAGCCAUGCUGGGUGGCUGCGUAUACCUCCAGCUGCUCGGGCUGUACCUCUGCGAUGCGGCCAGCGUGGCCGUCCUCAGGCAGUGCGGCGCUGACCGCCCCCUGGCAGAGGACGGGCCGGCCGCGGUAGUCCGGGGGGAGGGCGGCUUGGCUGGGCAGCCCGGGUCCCAAACUGCCGGUGCGCUUGCCGCUUCUGUGGCGCCGCCGCUGGGCUUGAUGGCGUCAGGUCUGGCAGGAGUGCUGGCGGUGUUGCCCUUCCUUCCGUGGAUCCCCCUGUGGGCCCAGGAGUGGGGAGGCCUCGUCGGCGAGGUCGCGACCUACCAGAGCCAAGAGGCGCACCGCGUCGUGUCUCUGGCCGACGUGCUCGCCAACCAGGGGUUCCUGGUCAACCCGGGGCCCCUGCAGGUGGGCGCACGCGUGAUGCAGCUUUUCGUGCUGCUGCACACCCUGGUUGCCCCGGCGGCCCAUGCCUCCCUGGCCGUCGCAGUUGGGAUGCAGCUUCGAGGACGUGCCUCUGCCGAGGCCAGCUCUGAGCUGCUGUCCGUGCACCUCGUGGGCGGCCUGGAGCUCAUGCGCAUGUGGUCGGCGGCUGACGUCUUCGCGAUCGCCGUCAUGGUGAGCGUGGCCGACCUCGGGAACGAGCUGGCGAUGAUGCGGCAGCAGAUGUGCAGCGCCGUCGAGCCGGUGCUGCCCGUCACAGGCAUGACCUGCUUCGAGGUGGACUGCGUCGCGCGGCCAGGGCUCGCGGCGCUACUGGUAUGGGGGCUGGCGUCGAGGCUGCUGGCAGAGCUGAGUGCGCACAGGCCGCUGCGUCGCCUCCGCCUGCGCGGCGGCGGCGUGGGCGCGGCGGCGGGCGGCCCCGCGGCGUGCGACGCCGCGGCGUCGGCCGAGGUCGAGCUGGGCCGCUCCUUCGGGUGAGCAGCGACUCUUUGGCAGCCACGCCGCCCUCUCUCGCCUCCUCCUCGCUGACCUCGUCCUCGUCCUCGCCCUUCUCCGUCUUCGCUUGGGCCGUGCCUCGCGCGCCAUAGUGUCCAGGCGUGUUGCUUCGCAAUGCCAGCUGCUGCCGAGGGGUGCGGGGCUUGCGGGGACACGCCCGACCUAACUUUAUGGAUGGGGAAGAUUCGGGUGAGCAGCAGCUCGGGCCGCUGGCGGUGCCUGCCGAGCCCUCGCCCGGCCUGCCGCGCGGUCGCGCGGCAGGCGGCCGCAGCCCCAGGGGCCCCCAGACGGUGUGCUGGUCGCACCGUGUGGCGACCGCAGACACGCUGACGGCGAUGUACGGUAGGUUCGUUUCGUGUCGACCGGCGCCGACCUGGUCAGCGGCGUUCAAUGUUGAAUGCCGCGGGCGACUCAGAACCGUUC